GGCCAACAGCUGUUUGACCAUCGCGGAAAAGUCAAUAAAACCGAAACUGAUUUCCCCGCCCCCAAUUAAAAGGUCAAAGGACAUUUUCAAGUGGGUGGUGAAAGGACUGUCAAAUGUACAACUCAAUAAUUUGGAAGUGAGCGCACAAAAGCAACGGACUAUCCACCUGUUCUUCUAUUUUUAGCAACUACAUUGUAAAAAUAAACCAACUGAACACAGGAAAGGCAUCGCGUUCACUUCGAUUUUUCAAAAAUUAAAAAAACAAUUCUGAAAAAUUAUAUGAAAGUGAAAAAUCUGGAAAAUCCACGUCAAAAACAAAGGAGCAUUCAAUAACUACGCACGUCGUUUGGUGAGGGUUGUUAGCUCAGCGCGGUAGUGACCAGGGUCACGGCACUGCCUGUGCUCACAGCAACGCGCCGUUGUUUAUUAUUCACAAACAAAUCUAUUGCCCCCAACUAGCGUACAGAUUUCCUGUGUACGCAUUUGCAGAUUGAAGCCCUUCAAGAAAAUCCACAUUUAAGAGAAAAAAAGCGUUGUAAAAUGGAUCAUAAUAACCCGUCGACCGCGACUUUGGCCACAAAUGCCGCUGGCAAACGACAACAUCAGUCGACAUCGCAGCGCAAGAAAUCCGGCCCCAAGUUCGAGCUCUCCGAAGCACAAAAAGCCGAUAUUAAGGAGGCUUUUGAUUUGUUCGAUACCGAAUGCACCGGCUUUAUAGAGGUCAAAGAGUUGAAGGUUGCCAUCCGUGCCCUUGGUUUUGAGCCGAAGAAAGAAGAGAUCAAGCGCAUGAUUGCCGAAAUUGACAAGGACGGCACUGGUCGCAUAUCUUUCAACGAUUUCCUACAAUUAAUGACCAUGAAAAUGGCUGAGAAGGAUACCAAAGAAGAAAUAUUAAAAGCAUUUCGCCUUUUCGAUGAUGAUGACACCGGGGCAAUUUCGUUUAAGAACUUAAAGCGCGUUGCACGCGAAUUAGGCGAAACGCUGACCGAUGAGGAGUUGCGUGAAAUGAUUGAUGAAGCUGAUCUGGAUCAUGAUGGUGUUGUGAAUCAGGAUGAGUUUUUGCGUAUUAUGAAAAAGACAAGUUUAUAUUAAUCACGAUUUCGUCGAAGACAGGUUGUGGUAUGGCACUAAGUGCUAUGCGCUUGAUUUUGUAGGCUACAUAUUUUUACAAUUCUAUAAAAUAUUCAGUUUCUAUAAUUCUAUGAAAGCUAUGUUUAGUCUUUAAUAUUCUAUUAUAUGUACUAGUGUGGAUUAUAGCCACACAGAUUAUGCCCUUUUCUUAUAACGAUAUUAGUUUUAACUUAUAAAUAUUAUUUCUAUAGAUAAUUUUAUGCAACUAAGUUUACUGAUACAAUAAUACCUCUGCUGGACUUAUAUAUUGAACAUACAUAACUUAUAAAUAUCACUCCUGGACUUACAUUAUCAUACAAACUUAACUUCAUAUACUUCACUAUUUUUUAUUGUUUUGCGCCAUUUUGGUUAAUUGAAUUGACUUCUUUAUUGAAAUACAUACGCAUAUAUGCAUGAUUAUCUAUAUAUUUGCAGUCGAGUUAAAAAGUUGUGUUCACCAUUCAAUUUUGAAAAUAGGAAAGGGAACUUGCACAGGCUAUGGAAUACUGACUAAAAUGUUCAAGCAAAUUAGAGGCAGCUAAAUAUAAGGCGCUCAAAUCUCGUUUUCAAAUAUUAUACGCAAACUACGAAUUUGCAUUUAUUGUUUUAAUGAAAGUGUGGCUGUACUCAUAAACGCAUUGGUGCAAAGAAUCAGUAUUUUUUUUUUAUUUCUGAACCACAGUCGAUGAAAGUAUAUAAUUUGCGCACCUUUAUAAAAAAUAUGUAUUGCUAUGAUUUGGAAAUAAAAGAGACUGAUGGAAUUGCAUUUAUGCGUUUAAGGAGCCAACCAGUAUAUUGUUUUUUUUUAUAACUGCGUGAAAUUUUACUGCCACAUUUAUUGAGUUUGCCUUCCGCCGAAAAAAAAGAUACGGUUUAAUUAAAAUUUGCUGCAACUCAGUUUAAAGUUCAAUUAUAUAUGUAAAUGAAUAACUGCAAGCAGGGACGCUUAUUUUGCAAAGCUUUGACAUAUUUUUUGCAUUGUGUUUUUGAGGUUAAUGAUGAUUAUCUAAGGAAUAAGAAUUAUAUAUUUAUAUGCACUUUUACCACAUAGAUUGCUGUGUGUUGAGCACUUUAAAUGGCGAUUUAAGAUGAAUGUACAAACUUUGAUUAAAUAAAAUGCAAGUUUGUUUACAAUAGUUGUAAAA